AUGGCAGCCUUUCUACGUGGGAAACAGGCCGGCAUCCAAAAUGACCUUUCGGCCGGUAUUAUACCAGGCUUGUUUUCUCCCGAUGACAGAGCUCGCUUUGGUAUUAACUCGCAAAUUGGCUCAUUAGCAUACGACCCGGUACAGUCUCUACUAGCAAUAGGUACGAAUGAGACCACCUUUGGCAGCGGCCAAAUUUACAUCUUCGGCCAGAGCCGUGUCCAAGCUACCUUUAUCCUUCCUCGACGGGCGUCAGUAAAAGCCCUCCAAUUCGUUGCCGACCGACUUGUCAGCUUGGAUUCAAAAAACGAGGUGAUAAUAUGGGACUUGCAAUCAGGGAAGAAGCAGGCAGUCUAUGCCCCGCCGGGAGUAGUGACAGCUAUGGUCACUGAUCCGAUGAUCGACUGGGCCUUGAUAGGGUUACAAAACGGGGAUGUCAUCGCGUAUGAUUUGGAUCGAGAAAAAGCAGCACCGCUUCGGCUUCCGAACUUUUGGCGUGAGAAGAGCCCAAGAUCUCGACUACUCUCGGUUGUAUCUAUGCAAUUACACCCUCGGGAUAUCGGCCAGCUCUUAAUCGGAUACACCGAAGGCGCGGUGAUAUAUUCUUUCAAACAGAACAGGCCGAUCAAAUAUUUCCAAUAUGAGGUGCCAUCUGGAGCCCCAGGUGGGACCGCAGACCCCAUGUCUAUGGGAGACAUAAGGCGCCCUCGUCUAACACAGGUAUUUUGGCACCCAACGGGAACAUUCGUAGGAACCGCUUAUGACGACGCUACUAUGGUCAUCUGGGAUCCCAAGGAUGGCCGUGUUGUCAUGGCAAGGACUUUAACUGAUACAAAUGUCAACAUCCCAGGAAAGCGUUCAAAAAAUUCCAACGAUGCCGAAACUUUUGCUUUGAAAGAACCGUUUGCUCGGAUAGUUUGGUGCGCAAAAGAGAAUCCGGAUGAUACGGGAAUCCUCGUAGCAGGAGGUGUUAACACAACCGUGCCACAAACGGGGAUGACAUUCUUUGAGUUAGGUCCUACCCCUGUCUAUGCAACAUCAUCAUGGCAAGUCCUCACAGACCAUUUCGAGGGCAAACGCCAACGUCUCCUCCCAACGCCCCCAGGCGCGGAGGUCGUCAAUUUCUGUCUUAUCCCUCGUUCUUCUCCUCAUUUUGCCGGCGCUCAGGAUCCUAUUGCUAUACUCGCGCUUCUCACAUCUGGAGAGCUUAUUACACUGAGCUUUCCAAGUGGCUAUCCUAUCUCACCCACCAAUAUUCUUCCUCCAUCCGUAUCAUUUGUUCAUCCGUUUGUUACCUCAAUAGCAGUGACUCCGUUAGAUCGCGGUCGAUGGCUUGGUAUGGUAGAAAACCGGCAACAAGGGCCGCAGCUGUUGAAAGGUGGUGCCGAGGGUAUCAAGCCGUUGAGAAAGUACGAAUCACGAAACAUCGUUCAAAUGGCACAUGGUGAUGGCACGGUCCGUCUAUGGGAUGCUGGGCGAGGGGACGAGGUCGAAAAUACUCUCACAUUACAAGUCGAUAUUGCCAGGGCUCUCGGCCGGUUUGACGACGUCAAUAUCACAACCAUGAGCCUGGGAGCUCAAACUGGAGAGUUCGCUAUUGGUACCCAGACUGGUGAAGUUGUGAUGUAUCGCUGGGGCGGUAAUAAACGAUACGGUCGAGAAUCACAACCAACUGUUGAGGUUACUCCCGGAGGCCUUACAGAUAUCGAGAGCCGUGCAGAGCCUAGCCUCAAGGAAGGCCUUCAGCCGUUCGUGCUCUACGACACGAAUCAAGGACCUAUACGCGCAGUUAAGAUGUCCGAUGUGGGUUUUGUCGGAGUGGGGACUGAGAACGGGAUGUUCUCUAUCAUCGAUCUCCGCGGCCCGGCUGUCAUAUUCAGUGCUUCCAUGAGCGAGUUCGCCAAAUCCGAGAAGCGUAGUAGCUUCAUAAAGAAAGGUAGCAGUCAAACUUCCGCAAAACCAGAUUGGCCGGUUGUCAUCGAGUUUGGUGUUAUGACUCUUGAAGGUGAUAAUUACUCGAGCAUUGCAUGCUUCGUGGGAACAAAUCUUGGCAAAGUCAUCACGUUCAAAAUUUUGCCACAGAGUAAUGGUGGAUACACGGCUCAAUUUGCUGGUGUAACAGCGCUUGGUGAUAGUGUUAUAUCUAUCAACCCUAUAGUCGCUAGCACCGGAAGGAUAGCUGCGGCAACUGGAGCAACCGUCGGAGCUCUGCGAACUGGCCAGCAGACUAAUGGCACACUUCUCGUUGUCACUCAAUCAGAAGUCAGAAUAUUCAAGCCGGCGACAGCCAAGGGAGCCCACAAGGCUUUCGAUGACUUCUUCUGUGAAUCUGCCUCCAUCACCGAAUUCGAGGGUCACGGGUUUGCGCUUGUUGGCAUAUUCGGCGAUGGUACGGCACGAGCAUUUUCGAUCCCCUCCCUGAAGGAGAUAAGCGCGGCUAAAAUAGAGAUGCUCGAUAAGACGAGAAUAUCAAGCACAAUCGUCACACCGUCAGGGGAUAUUUUCGGCUGGACAGGCCCCUCAGAAGUUGCUAUGCUUAGUGCAUGGGGCUCCGGCCAACCUCUUCCCCGCACUCAGGACAAUCUGUACAACCCAGAAGCUGUAGUCCCACCUCGGCCUACAAUAUCGAACUUGCAAUGGAUUUCAGGAACCCAGUAUGUGAGCCCAACGGAUCUUGACUUGCUCAUCGGGGGUCCAGAUCGCCCACCUAGCAAGCGUAUGCUGGCAGCAGCAGCGGAUGAAGACCGGGCUGCCCGUUCUGGCGGGCCAAGCAGAGCUGGCGCACAGACGGAGGGCUGGGGAGACUACAUGACGAGGCAAUUGAAUGAAAGGACCGAAAGACUUAAUAUUGUAGGAGAUAGCAUGGACAGAGUGCAAGAAAAUAGCGCUGGGUGGGCGGAGGAUGUCAGCAAGUAUGCCUCGAAGCAGAAAAGGAAUCUCGUUCUUGGGAGCAUCACUGGUAAAUGGUUCUAG